UGCACAACAGUAUUCGCCAGGUUCUUGAUCUUCUCAUUCAUGGUAUAAAGAAGAGUGCAUAAUAAAGGAUACAUCGCUGAAGAAAAUGACAACAUUCACUGUAGGAAAAUCAUCCCCUAACAAAAGUGAUCAGAAGAAUGCUUCGCUCGCAAUGAAGAGCAGACAACAAGUUAUUAAUGAGGUCAACAAACGAAGGACCCUAUUGCAAGAUAACAGCUGGAUAAAGAAAAAACCUGAGGAGGAAAACACUGAUGAGAACUAUGGCAGAGUGGUUCUUAAUCAAUACAAAUCACAAGACGGCUUACACAGGAGCGCAGAUGAAAAUGAUGAUCAAAAAACUUUGCUUAGCCGAUACAGAUCUGAUACUACUUUAGACAGGAUUUCUGGCAGCAGUGAUGCUGACAAAGCAAAUACGCUUCCUGCCUUAGAUAGCAGGCCAAGUAAGAGCAAGGAGCUUGAUAUAUCUGUCAAAACAGGCAAUGUCACAUCACCUGUGAAGAAGAAAAGACAGUCAUGGAUGCCUCCCCCAGUCUCAAACCAGAAGACCACCACAGACAAUGUGGAACAACACAAAAGGCAUUCCUGGAACCCACCAAAUACAGCUGCAGCAGUAACCAUCAACAAUAAACCAGUUCCUACCACUUCAGACAAAGCAGGAGGACCAAAGAUGACUAUCUAUUCAUCAGAAAUAAUUACAUCUCCAAAGCCAAAUGCUGUUGUGAAUGAUCAGCCCAGAAUUAGGCAGAUCUGUCCAAUGAAACCCAGUGCAUCAGAUGCAAACAUUAGCAGAACUGUGACUGCAGAGAGAACUGGGAGAAGCCAAGACCUGGAUAAUCUCGUUGAGGUCAGAGCCAUAGGUGAUAAAAGUGACCAAGGAAGCCAAAAACUGGACAAUCUCAUCAAAGUCAAAGCCACCAGUGAUAAACCUGACAAGGGACACCAAGACCUUGAUGAUCUCAUCAAAGUGAAUCGCACUUCUAAUGGGCAGGACAAGGGAAGCGAAGAUCUGGACGAUCUCAUAGAAAUAAAAACAUCUACUAUAGAUCAAAAUAAAAAGCGAAGCCAAGAACUGGAUGAUCUCAUAGAAAUACAAUCAUCUACUGUGGAUCAAAAUAAAAAGCGAAGCCAAGAACUGGAUGAUCUCAUAGAAAUACAAUCAUCUACAAUGGAUCAAAAUAAAAAACGAAGCCAAGGACUGGAUGACCUCAUAGAAAUAAAAACAUCUACAAUGGAUCAAAAUAAAAAACGAAGUCCAGACCUGGAUGAUCUCAUAGUAAUGCAAUCAACUGCUAUGGAUCAAAAUAAAAAAUGGGCACCUGAACAAGGCUCUGAAUCUGCCAAUAUUCCAGGCAAUCAGUCAGACACAAACAAUUCAUACCAGGUCACAAGAGGAUCCAGCUAUAAUUCCUCAAGCAGUCACUCAAGUCCAAAGGACACUAUUGUGUACACCAGAACAUAUGAGAAUAGCCGAUUUCCCCAUGAUGCUUAUGAAGACAACAUCUCUAGGAAAUCUAUUAAAACUGUUUACUCUACUUCUGAUAGGGCCGUUAUUGAAAAAGAAAUGUGCACUUACUGCCGGAAGCCCUUGGGCACAGACACGAAGAUGAUCCUCGAUGCUUUGCAGAUUUGUUGUCAUGCAACUUGUUUCAAGUGUGAAGUCUGCAAAGCUGCUCUGGAAAAUCUGAAGGCAGGAGACAGCAUUUGGCUUUACAAGAACACAGUGCAUUGCACACCAUGCUAUUCUGAAGUUAAAGCAUCGUGGGUCUACUAAUCUUUACUGAAGUCAGAUCAAGUGCAAUUUCAGAUGAUCAGCUGCCUGCAUUUAUCUUUGAAAAUCAUAUGCUUUUUUUGGAUGAGGAAAGUAUUCUAGGAAUCACAAACAGUAGAAAUUGAAGCGAUGUGAAAAUUGAAAUGAUACGCAGCCUCUGAAAGGAAGAUAAUAUAUGAUGGCAUGUGCCUAGUGAUAUCUGCAUUAUCAGCAACAAGAGAAAUGUCUAAUGCUGCAAUCCUAUGCACACUUAGC